UUCUUUAAGAACGCGGACACCGCAGUACUUCGUUUGUUCGUAAUGAACAGGUAGAGUUGCGUUGUGGAUUAGGAGUGUUUGUGUGGUGUUUACGUGAUAAAAACUCAGUGUAAGCGACGAACCCGAACCAGCAGGAGCGCUGAGUCUGACGAAACUAACCGGGAACAGGCGCUUUGAAACUUUUAUUCGCUUUCCUACUGUACUACUCUCUCUGUCUCUCAGAUUUGGAAUUAUAUGAUUCCAAAAACACACGCGCAGUUGACUUUUGGUGACAUUUUACGCGUUAACCGGAGGGUCUUUGGAUAAGAGCGCGCCCGGGGAUCUCACCGGGAUGUUUUUUCGUGUGUUUGAACGUCCCUCUUCGGUUCCAUCCGUGGUGUUGGGAUUUCUGCUGGACCUUUAGCUGUGUGGGAAAGACAUGAGCUCUGGAUAUGGGUCUGUGUCUGGGCUCAGAGGUGACAGAGGAGGGAAAGAAGGCGAAGAUUCACAGCUCGCAGAUAGACCGAGAUCUGUACGAGUGCGCCAAGAGAGAGAUGAACGUGGUGAAGAUCCUCAUGCUGGGUGCUGCUGAAAGUGGGAAAAGUACACUGGUCAAACAGAUGAAGAUCAUCCACAGUCAUGGAUUCACCAAACAAGAGUUAGACAGUUUUAAGCCUGCGGUGUUGGAUAACCUCCUGACCUCUAUGAAGUUUGUCCUCCAUGGAAUGGGUGUCCUACGCAUCAACCUCGCUAACGGCAAGAACAAGGUCCACGCUCACUCUGUUCUCUCGUGUGGACGCUGCUUUGACGAGGACCAGAUGCUGUUCCCGUUCAUAGGCCACGCCCUCUGCUGUUUGUGGGCGGAUCAGGGGGUGCGGUCGGCAGCGGCGCGAGGAUACGAGUACGAACUCAAUGACUCGGCCCUAUAUUUUUUCGAGAACAUAGGCAGGAUCAUCGCUCCCAGCUACAUGCCAACAGAAACGGAUAUUUUAAGAGUCCGACUGAGAACCACGGGAGUGAUCGAGACGCAGUUCAAAGUCAAACACCUGGUCUUCAGAUUGUAUGACGUUGGAGGCCAGAGGACGGAGAGGAGGAAGUGGAUCAGCUGUUUUGAGGAUGUGAGGGCCGUGCUGUUCGUCGUGUCUCUGAGUGGAUACGACAUGACGCUAGUAGAAGAUCCAUCAAUGAAUCGACUGCAGGAGAGCCUCAAGCUGUUCUCGUCAAUCUGCAAUAACGUCUUCUUCAGAAGCACUUCUAUGAUAUUAUUCAUGAACAAGAUUGAUCUUUUCCAAGAGAAGAUUCUCCGCUCCGGGCGUCAUCUGCGGCAUUACCUUCCCCAGUUCAAAGGAGCUGACUGUGAUGUGGAUGCUGCCGCCCGGUUCAUCGCCGCUAUGUUUGUGUGUCUCAACACGACGCCCAGCAAACUCAUCUACCACCACUUCACCACAGCAACAGACACCUCCAACGUUCAGGUAGUUUUCCAGGUGGUUAUGGACACAAUCAUCAAGGAGAACCUGGAGGCCGUGUCUCUGCUCUGAGGACCAUUCCUCCUUUAAGAACUCAAUAAGGUUCACAGUGCUGAUGGUAUUUAUUAUACAAGAUGCUCUGAUAUUAAUCAGAAUGGAGGGACUGCACAUUUAUUAUGACGCAAUAACCAAAUAAAUGCUGGUUUUUUAUUCUUCUUACUUAAACACAAACGAAUAAAAUGACAAAAUAUUUAAUAAAAUGUUAUUAUCAUCCCAUGUGAAUCAUAGAUUUUGCUGUGAAAGUGUAUAAAAGGGAUUCAAAGAGUAAACCGUGCUCACUUGACGGUUGAGUUGCUCAUCCGAGCAUCCCAUAAUUUUCCACCUGACAUCCCCCACUUCCUGUUUGUGCAUUACCAUGGUUAAUCAUCACUUAUAAAAUCUUUCCCCUUGUGUAAAUCUUUGUUCAACACGGUCCGUUCAGAGAUUGAAUACCCUGUCGGUUCAUAAAAGGGGUGUUUUUGAGGGGUUUUUUGCAUUAUGAAUCAUGUUUUGCUUUUGACUUGUUUGUGAUCCAGCACUUUUAUAGUUUUGGUGAUUCAAUCUGAAAUGGAUUUGUUGUACCAAGGUGAGCCAAACACAUUUAGACACUAUGAAGUCUAUAUGGAGCCUAAUCAAACCUGUAGCAUUUUUUAUUUCAUUUUUUUUUUUUUUUUUAAAUAAUGUAACUUUAUCCAUUUAUUCAUUGAGAUUUGGUUUAUAUGAAAUGUAUUUUUGCUAUUUAAAUGCUGCUUUUUAAAAGCAUUCAAGUUAAAAAUCAAUUACACUUUUGUAAAAGCAAAAAAAGGCACUGUGAAUAGAAACAUCAUUAAAAACGAACACGUUUUUGA